UAUUAGCUGUCAAGUGUCAAACUGUUAAAAAAAGUACUUUUUUGUCGCUACUGAAAAAUAAAACUAUUUUGUGUAAAAAUUAACUCUCAAAAUUGUAUAAUGCAGUUUUUGAAGGUUUAAAAUGGCCCAGAAUUUACAGAAGAAGCCCUCCAAGGGCAUUUUAAAGACAUCACGGAGUGUAGACGGGCAAGAUGGUACACCUUCAACUAGCAAACGGGCGAAGGAACAACGAUUCGAUGAAAUUAAUAUUAUGGAGACUUUCCAUCCAGCGAAUAAAGAUUACGGUCACAUGAAGGUAGACGAACCGAAGACACCGUACUCCGAAGCCGUGGAUGGGGACUUGGAGCCAGGAGACGAGUUAGACGCUAACAUUCUUGCUGCGAAGCUAGCGGCUAGCAUGAACAAGCCUCCGAAAUGUGUAGAGGCGUGUGACAGCGACGAGGAUAUGGAAGAACCAGAGGAUGUGCGGCAACGGCGGCUCGAGUUUGAAAAGAAACGCAAAAUGCACUACAAUGAGUUUCAGGCACUGCAGUUGGCAAGACAACUUAUGGCUCAAGAGGAAGAGGAGGAAGAAGAUGAUGAAAAACCUGAGAAGCCAACUACUUGACUGCCACACUUUACUGUACCUGUACAUAGUGCUUACCCUAGCAUCAAGCUGACAUUACCUGCUUUCUAGAAGCCUGCCUGCUUUGAGGCUUUUCAAUCAUAUGGUAAAAUCAAAAUUUAUAUUGUGCCCUAUAAGGUUCCAUACCUGAUGUAGUUUACUUGUGUUAUUUAAAAUAAUGUGAUUACCUUUUAUAUUGUCUAUAGCCAUGCACUAUAUGUGCAUUCACUGCACAUGCGCAGAUGUGGAUCCCCUCAUAAUUGAUCCUUAAUGUAAUAUAAAUGUUAAAACUUCAUAAGGCGGCGGUGGUCACUUACCAUCAGGUGAGCCGCAUGCUCGUUUGCCCCCUGUGUUAUAAAAAAAAAUAUCAUAAACAUAGAUAUAUCUUGAACAUGUGCUGAGAUUUGCAUAGUACAUAUAUAGCAUGCACUUGGCAGGUGUUAACCAUGUGUGACUAUGUAAUAGCCAGCCCAUAUUUCUCUUAUACAAAUGUAAUAAAAUAUCAAAAUCUAGUCUCGAUGCACCAAUAGUGCAUGCUCAUAUAUGGCAUGUAAACACUCAUCAGCAAUCAUCAGUGGAGACUGGAGUCCACUGACAAUGCCUUUAUUAUAUUCUAAAGGUCACACAUUAUUUUGAUAACAUGAUGUGCAGAUUAUUUUUAUUUUAUAUGUAAGUAGUUUUUUGUAUUUGCUUUUUGCAUUUUUUUUUUAAAUUGUUCCUAAUCAAAUAAACAUGUACAGUCACUAUCAAAAUAUAUUGACACUUUAUCACUCUGUUAUAUAAAAUGUAUAAUAGGAGUGAUAUGUUUUUGAGAUAAAUUAUUUACAAAUAAUAUUAAUGGAAUAUUUAUAUAUAUAUUUUUAAACAUACUCAAUACUAUUAUUACAAUCUUUGUACUUCUAUAUUUUAUUGUACCCAUUUUUAUAACAGAAGAUUACUUAGAGACGAGUCUAUAUCUAAUUCUAAGCUAAUAUUUUAAAGGUAAAAUAAUGUUUAUUUAUUAAUAAUUAUAUGUUUUCAGUUUAUUUGUCCCUUAAAAGCCUGUUAUUUUAUUAACCUUUUUGAAAUUGACUGUACAUAAUAAUUAAAUAUUGAAGUAUAGUCUAUGUACGUAGUCAGCUAUAAUUACAAUGUAUGACAAUACAAUCACAGUUUAUUUCCUGUAUUCUGCAUAGUGUGCUUUUUUAAUAUUAAAAUAAUAUAAAAUAUUAUAUUAAUCUAUUUAAAUCAGGACCGGAUUGAUCCAUAUACUAGCCUCUCUAUGCAAUAAAAUGUCCUUGAUCAGAUAGGCUGGUAGGGAAAUAAGUUAUAUUUAUAUCUUAUUAUUUCAUUUCAAAAAAAAAAAAAUAAAAUAAAACAAGUAGAGAUCAAGUAAUGAAGUCAGUUAAAAACCUCAUUGUCUGUUUUUUCUCAAAUGUGGGGUAGUUAGGCGGCGCUGAACCCUUAUGCUAAUGUAGAUAAUCCGGGACUGACUUCCAUUUUGAAAGUAAUUUAUUUGUAUCUAUAGUAAUUAGGAUGUUACAUACAUCUGUGUGUUCUUGCAUUUUACGAAAAUUUGUUUUAAAUUUUGCGAACUUUACGAGGCCAAAGUGUUCUUUCAUAAUGUUUGUACUUAUUUGUAAAAGUUUCACGGCAAAUUGAAAAUAUGGCGACACGGUAUUAUGGUAAUGAGUUACGGCGUUACGUAUUUAAAGGAUUUUUUAUCAUAUAGAAGCUUCGACCAAACCUGUGCAGCAGUUAAGCAAAAACACGAAAUGAAGCGGGAGUAAACACAGCGCGUCUCUAGACUGGUAACUAAGGGCGCGAGUCGCGUACUUAGUCUGUUAUGAUUAAAUUAGCCUCACAGACGCAUGCAUCUUGCGGGUUGAUUACGUACCUCACAGUUACUGUAUGGUAGACGAAAACUUUACAAUAAUUGAUGUCAAUCUUCAUGUCGUGACAUGUUUUAUCAGCAAUAAUUGUUGGUGCCUCUGCAGAACGAUUUAGGAACUAAUCGUUAAAUAUAUAAUAUUUUAAAUAUCUUAAGCAACUUGACAACUAGGGUCACUGUUUGACAGUAGAAAGUGUCACGAUUAGGUCACAAUCGUUCUUUGUACUAUUGUGUACAAUUGGUAAUUUGAAAUAUUAAGGUGCGACUAUCAUAUAGUAAUUGCUAAUUUAUAGGUAAUCAGCCUGCCUCUUUGCUCCGAAUUAUCUGCAAGGCGUCCUAAUUUAUCGCUAGUAAAGGAAUAUCCCCGCUCCACAAUCGCUUUGGUCGUGGCUUUAUUAUUAUAUUUGCAUUACCUAUUCCAAAUACAUCAGUAUACAUGGUAAACAAGUAUUACCUAGUGAUUCGAUAAGGUUUAGAUGCUUAGCAGGUAGAGAGAGAGAGAGCGUCGAAAUGAAAUCCUUCUGUAUCAGUGGUGUGAGUGUUGGGUAGUCACAAAAAUAAAUACAUUUAUUUUAAUUGUCUGUGUAAUUGUUUUAAUUCGCAUUGCAAGUAAAUUGUAACUAAAGGAAAAAAUUAAGCAAUAUAAAGACAUUUAAUAUAUUCGUUUCAAUAAUAUUAAUGUCGCAGUAAGACUAUCUGUUUACCUAUGUAUAUGAAAUGAUUUGUUUAAAUUUGUUUAUAAAUAAAACUUUUUGAUGUCACUAUGCAUGCAUGCACACAAUGCAUGAAGGAGUUGGUACUACAAGUACAAAAUAUAUUUUUGAAAAUAUUGAAAGGAACGGAAAUUGUGUCGGAUGAUUUGAUGUUGUCGGAUAGUGCAAUGCACUGAAAAAUGAUGUAUAUAUAUAAACAUUAUUCUAACCAUAGAGAGUACAUUUUAUAUAAAAAUUA